AUGUCGUCUACACUCCUCCGAACCGUCCCCGCCCUCCGCACAGCUCUGCGAGCUGGUGCCGCGAAGCCUGCUGCUGCCAUGGCCAGCACCAGCUUCGUCCGUGGCAAGGCUACUCUGCCUGACAUUCCCUACGACUACGGUGCCCUUGAGCCCUACAUCUCCGGCCAGAUCAUGGAGCUCCACCACUCCAAGCACCACCAGACCUACGUCAACGGCCUCAACACCGCUCUCGAGACCGUCGAGGAGGCCAAGGCUAAGGGCGACUUCGCCAAGGCUGCCGCCCAGGCCCCUCUCAUCAACUUCCACGGUGGUGGUCACAUCAACCACUCCCUCUUCUGGGAGAACCUCUCCCCCGCCAACAAGGACGGCGGUGGUGAGCCCACUGGCAAGCUGGCUAAAGCCAUUACCGAGGAUUUCGGCUCUUUCGAGACCUUGAAGAAGCAGAUCAACACCUCCCUGGCCGGCAUCCAGGGCAGCGGCUGGGCCUGGCUCGUCAAGGACAAGACCACCGGCACCCUUGGCGUCGUCACCCGCUUCAACCAGGACCCCGUCACCGGCAACCUCGAGCCCCUUCUCGGCAUUGACGCCUGGGAGCACGCCUACUACCUGCAGUACCAGAACCGCAAGGCCGAGUACUUCGACGCCAUCUGGAACGUUGUCAACUGGAAGACUGUUGCCAGCCGCUUUGAGAAAUAA